UGUUUCUAUCAAGUCACUGUAACAUAAUAUAUAUGUGUGCAUGCUCUGGUCAUGGAUCUGUUUCUUUCUGUUUCUUUCCUUUAAUUUUCGUUUCUGUAAUGUAAUGAGAUUGGAGGUUGUGCCCUGAGAACCUGUAGAAAAAUCUAUUGAGUUCAAAAACACUCUAUGAACUUCACUGAAUUGUUUUUGUUUAUUUAUUUAUUUAUUUUUGGUUGUCUUCCAAUGUUAUGUUGUUAGGUGGUUGUGUUCUUAACAGCUGUUACUCAGGGUUUCAGGCUCGGUAUCUCUGAAAAGAAAUAUUACUUGAAAUACUGAAAGGUUGACGAUUGCACGAUGUCCCGUCGCCGUUAAGCUAAACUCCGCCCUCUUCUAAACACGCACUCAUUAUAAUGUACGUUAAUUAAGGAUACACACCAAUCAGGCAUAACAUUAUGACCACUGAGAGGUGCUGUGAAUAAGACUGAGUAUCUCCUCAUCAUGGCACCUGUUAGUGGGUGGGAUAUAUUAGGCAGCAAGUCAACAUUUUGUCCUCAAAGUUGAUGUUAGAAGCAGGAAAAAUGGACAAGCGUAAGGAUUUGAGCUUUGAGUUUGACGAAGGGACAAAUUGUGAUGGCUAGACCACUGGAUCAGAGCAUCUCCAAAACUGCAGCUCUUGUGGGGUGUUCCCAGUCUGCAGUGGUCAGUGUCUAUCAAAAGUGGUCCAAGGAAGGAACAGUGAUGAAACGGUGACAGGGUCAUGGGUGGUCGAGGCUCACUGAUGCACGUGGGGAGAGAAGGCUGGACCGUGUGAUCCGAUCCAACAGACGAGCUACUGUUGCUCAAACUGCUGAAGAAGUUAAUGCUGGUUCUGAUAGAAAGGGGUCGGAAUACACAGUGCAGGACGGGUCAGGGCUGUUCUGGCAGCGAAAGGGGGACUAAUUAGCGUCGGCUCGUCAGCUCGGACUCGACAGACUCGACACGGGGUUCCCGCGAUGCCGCCCAGGAUGCCGAGGACGAGGAACUGACACUGAAGUACGGCGCGAAACACGUCAUCAUGCUCUUCAUCCCCGUCACGCUCUGCAUGGUGGUCGUCGUGGCGACCAUCAAAUCCGUCAGCUUCUACACGGAGAAAAACGGCCAGCGCCUCUUUUACACGCCUUUCCCGGAGGACCCAAACACCGUGGGCGAGAGGCUGCUGUCAUCCUUCCUCAACACCAUCGUGAUGAUCAGCGUGAUCGUGGUCAUGACCAUCUUCCUGGUGCUGCUCUACAAGUAUCGCUGCUACAAGUUUAUCCAUGGCUGGUUGAUGCUGUCCUCUCUGAUGCUGCUCUUCUGGUUCAGUUACAUGUAUCUGGAGGAGGUGUUCAGGACGUACAAUGUGGCCAUGGACUACCCGACGGUGGCCAUGAUUAUCUGGAACUUCGGGGCGGUGGGGAUGGUCUGUAUCCACUGGAAAGGUCCCCUGCAGCUGCAGCAGGCUUACCUCAUCAUGGUCAGCGCCCUCAUGGCCCUCAUCUUCAUCAAAUACCUGCCAGAGUGGUCAGCAUGGGUCAUCCUGGCCGGGAUCUCCAUCUACGAUCUGGUAGCUGUACUGAGCCCUAAAGGUCCUCUGAGGAUGCUGGUGGAGACGGCGCAGGAGAGGAACGAGCCCAUCUUCCCUGCUCUCAUCUACUCGUCUGCCAUGGUGUGGAUGGUGGGGAUGGCCAAUCCGUCUCCAGCUCCUAACACAGAUGAGGAAGCGCUUCAUAAUGACCACGGGGUUUUGGAAAGCGAAGGGGCGGAGCCUGAGGGUCAGACGUUACAGGGGGAGAGCAGGAGCCAGUCUGUGGAGGAGGAGCUGGAGGAAGACAGGGGAGUGAAGCUAGGAUUAGGAGACUUCAUCUUCUACAGCGUUCUGGUGGGGAAAGCAGCAGCCACGGGCGGAGACUGGAACACCACACUCGCCUGCUUCAUAGCCAUCCUCAUCGGUCUGUGCCUGACCCUCCUGCUGCUGGCCAUCUUCAAGAAAGCUCUCCCGGCUCUGCCCAUCUCCAUCACCUUCGGCCUGGUCUUCUACUUCUCCACCGGCAACCUGGUGCAGCCGUUCAUGGACAGCCUGGCAGCUCAUCAGUACUACAUCUGAGACCCUCCUCCACCUCCACUGCCAAGCCAUAACGACUCAACCAGCGCCCAUGAAUGUGAGAAUAACGACAAAGCCUUUUACUUACCCUGCUACAUGAGAACGCCGGAGGCAGGACGUUGCUGGUGAUCGCCGUCUCCGGUCAAAAAAAUCAAAGAUAAAAAAGUCCUGAUCUGGGAUCAGAUCUCGUCGGUCAUAUUCGGAUGGAUAACUCGGAUACGAGAAGCUACAGCUGACCCUAGAUCAGACGAUGUCGGGUCAAACGUCUCGGCUCAGAGCGUUCUCUCUGGGAUUCACAGAAAGGGUUUUUUUCUACGCUUUCUUUUAAAGAAUUUAGUCUUGUAUCGCAUUCAGAUUCUAAGAAAAAAAAAAACGUUUAGUGUUCCCAAACAUUGAGGAAAACAAAUAGAUACAAACCAAUGCCUUCAUCAGAAAAAUACACUAUUCACCAAGAAGGAAAGAUUUGGUAAAAAAAUAAAAACCUGCGCUAGCGUUAGGGCCCAGGUUCUGCAAAGAAACUUUACAGGAAAAAUUAAAUGUACGAGUGUAAUGGAUGUCGGGGGUUUUUGUUUCGUUUUGUUUUGUACCGCAGCUACGCGGCUAGCUUAGCCACGAACUGACGAAGUGUAAAGCCACACCUUUAGCAUCAUGCUGUCGUUUAUGAGACAUCAGCAUCGGAUUAAAGGACGAAAAAUAAAAAAUCAACACUCCGUAGGAGUGUAUUUAAUCAAUAAUUACUAGGAUUUGCUAUUUUAAAAAAAAAAUAGACGAACACAUAACCUAAAUCUAAAUACUAUUAUUAUAAUUAUUAAGCUAGAUUAAGCUCAACCGUAUUACAUAUAUCGAUUGAGACGUCGUGAAAUAAAUCAUUAAUUACACGUCCUCUACAUAUCACCAUUACACAGAGACUGAUAUAACGAAUUCUAAUGAUUUAUAACGAAUUAUAAUGAAUUAUAACGAUUUAUCAGACUGGAGUUAACGCAAAGACUUUCACUUUUACUUCUGAGGGACGAAGCUAAUAUGGCUAAUGAGUAACGGCGGUUACGGCUCGUUAGCCACAUUAGCUUCGUCCCUCAGAAGUAAAAGUGGAAGCAGCGAACCUGAGGCGCCGAACGUGUCUCGGCUAAGCCAUCAUUUUAUUUCCAGACUUUAUUUUGAGAGGUUUCGUGGAAUCCUGAAGUGUUUACUUCUUUAAAUACGCGGAGUUGUGUUUCUGUUCAUUUCAGCUUUUUACACCGUACCGACGUCUCAACGCCUCGGGAUCUCAAAAUUCUUUUUGGCUUAUUUCUCUUAUUUUAAUCGAUUUGUGAGCAGGAAUAAAAUCCCCUGAUUUAUCCUCAUCAUGAAUCAUUUACUGCACCGUGACUAGACUUUGUUUUUUUUGUUUUUUUGAUUAAACGAAUAAUUUUAUGUUA